ACGCAUGGGACCAGAGGCGUUCAAAACAUUAGUUCAUAUACUAAGGGAGAGAAACUUGUUGAAUGAUAAUAAAAAUAGUUCAGUUGAAGAGCAAGUUGCACUAUUUCUAUAUACAUUAGCACAUAAUGUAAGAAAUCGCGUAGUUAAUUUCUUCUUUCGCUGGAGCGGAGAGACAAUCAGUCGUCAUUUUCAUGGAGUCCUCAAGGCCAUAUUGUCAUUAGAAGCAGAAUUUUUGGUUCAACCGAAUGGAUCUAUAGUCCCUCCAGAGAUAUUGGAUAGUGAAGGCCGGUUUUAUCCAUACUUUAAGGUAAAUAUAUAUUAGUAAUAUUCAAUUGAUAUAUGUUAAAAAGUGUAGAAUUUUGGUGUACUAACAUAAUUAGAUAGUAUAGGAUUGUGUUGGUGCUAUUGAUGGAACCCACGUUAGUGCUAAAGUUUCACAAGAAGAAGCACCAAGAUAUAGGGGUAGGAAAGGAAUCCCCACAAUGAACAUAUUAGCAGCCUGCACAUUUGACCUAAAGUUCACCUAUGUUUUGGCGGGAUGGGAAGGAUCAGCUUCUGAUUCAAGAAUAUUGGAGAAUGCCUUAACAAGAGAUGACAAACUAAAAGUUCCUCCAGGUAGGUGGUAGUGAGAGAUAAAAAAAAAGUGCUUGUUCAUUUUGUUAAUGAGCUAGUACUCUAUAAAAAAACACUAUUCUUUUGUUUGAAUAUAGGUAAAUUUUACUUGGUUGAUGCUGGCUAUGCUUUGAGGCCUGGAUUUAUCACGUCGUACCGAAACACAAGAUAUCAUUUAAAAGAGUAUUCUCAUUGUCCUCCGGUGAACUCAAAGGAGUUAUUCAAUCUACGACAUGCAUCAUUGCGUAAUGCAAUUGAGAGGGCUUUUGGUGUCCUGAAAAAGAGAUUUCCCAUUAUCGCUAGUGGUUCAGAAGCUCAUCAUGAUGUCAACACACGUUCUGAAAUUGUGCUUGCUUGUUGUAUUUUGCAUAACUUUCUUUUGAUGUAUGAUCCCGAUGAAGAUAUUCUUCGUGAGGUUGAUAAAGAAUUGAUGGAAAAUAAUGUUGAAGAAGAAGAUAGUGGAUCUGAAAAUAGAGAAGCAGAUGCUAGGAUCGCAGAAAAAAUUAGAGACAAUAUAGCAUUCCAGAUGUGGAGUCACUAUGUUUGAGAUGCUAGUCACAAGCUCCUAAAUGUGUUUUUCAUAGUUCUUGAAGCACUUUUUGUCUUUUACAUUGGAUAUUAUUGUCUUUAAUAGAAGUUGUUGCAUCUACUUAGUUUGUAUUUUGUAUUUGUUUAAUGGUUCAAAUAGAUGAUGGCAGCGGGUGAAGAUGAAGUCCAAAUUUUGAACACCAAUCCUCAAAAGACUGACAAACACCUUAGGUGGCCAAAGGAGAUGGAUAAACUUCUUUUAGACCUUCUGAAGGAGGAAAAGGCCAAAGGAAAUAAGGAUGAGAAACAAUUUAACAAAGCUGCUUGGACUACUGUCAUUGCUAGGCUAAAUUUGGGGUUUAAAAAGCAUGGUAAAACUAUCGAUAAGACAAAGGCAGUUAACAGGCUAAAGACUAUCCAAAAGCAAAUGGGGCUUGCCAUUGAGGUCUUAGAUAAAAAGAGUGGCUUCGGAUAGAAUGAUACGACCAAAAAAAUUGAAGCUGCUCCAAGUGUUUGGGAUACUAUAAUAAAGGUAAUGUUUACUUGAUUGAUGUUUGUACUUAAGAAUAAUGAUGUUUUUUCAUUUUUUUCACUUCUUUUGUCAACUGUUUUCUCAGAUGAAGCCUGAUUACAAUUUGAUUCGAGAUAAGGAACUUCAUUUUUUGGAGAAUGCUCGAGAAUUAUUCGAGAAAGAUCGAGCAAAUGGAGAUGGUGCCAUGAGUGCUAAGGAAAAUUUUACUAAGUACCACAAUGUUGAAUCAGAGUUGGGAAUUGAUGAUAUUGAUAGGAUGCUGGCCAACGACGAGAUUCACCUUGAUCCAUUAGUUCCAGAAGCUAGCCAAGUUCCAGGAGUAGCGGUGCCACCAAUUAAUGUUGAAGUAAAAGCGCGGCCCGGGAAAGAGUCUACUAGAGGAAGCAAAAGAAAGAGAUCUAUGUCCAGUACCAUUGCUGAAGAGAUUAUGCAGGUAACAUCUUCGAUGAAAGAAAUUGCUAGUGCCAUAAAAAAUAGCAAUCAACGGAUAUAUGCUGCUACUGAGCUUUCAGCCGAGUUAAAAAAAUUGGGGUUAGACAAAUGGGAAGUUAUGGAGGCACUCGAUUUUUUGAAGGACAAUGAGCAUCUAGUUGAAAGGUUCUUUGCUUGUGACGAGGAGAUCAAGCUCGCUUGGCUCAAGAGAAAAAUGGGUUACAAUGAAGAUAUUUAGAAGAUGGAGCUUCAAACUAUUUGCUACUUUUUUCGAACUUUUUGUUUUGUCAUAUUGGUUUGAUAAUAACUUUAUCACUUGCAUUUUUUAGAAUAUGGAUUUUCAAUGUUUCACAUAGAUGUGAUUCUCCCAGUUUUGAUUUGGUUGUAUGGGGUUGAUCGAUCACUAUAACCUCAUAAUUGGAAUCAAGCAAUCAAUCAUCCAAGUUUUGAAGUUAUUAGGGAGAUGCCGAGCUUAUUUAAAAUUUUGUUUGGCUCUUUAAAAUUGGAUUUUUGCAAUGGAAACUCCACACAUCCAUUCACGUAUUGCAAUAAAGGAACCAUGGAAUAGUUUUUAUUCGUUUACUAUCUCAUUUGGAUUACUGAUCCUUCAUACCGUGAGCUAUUAAUUAUUUCGAUUUAAUGGAAAUUAAUAAGGGCGUAGUUGAAAACUUUUUAAUUUAAUUCAAUUCCGAAUGUAACCAAACAUGAUUGAGAAUUCAAUUCAUUUCAUUUCUAAAUAUUUGAACAUGACAUACCAAACACAAGAAUUCAUUUGAAAAUGAAUUCUACACAGUAAUUCAUUUUAAAAUGAAAUGAAUUUCCGGUUCAUUUGGUACCAAACGGUCUGUAAGAGAAUAUAUCCUCAUCGUCAGUUGUGUAGCAGGAAUUAAACGAUUGCUUUUUUUUUUGUGAAAAGGCUAAUCUAUCUGGUUGUGGUAAAAUACCUCGGGUACUACUUAAUUUUGAGAAUUGAAGCAGAUAUACCAUUUAAAUUUGAAUUGACCUAUUUGUAAAUUUAUAAUUUUAGGUAUUAAAAGGUAAGACAAUAAAUCUUAGAUACUAAAAAUUAAUUUUUCAUCAAUACUUUUGGGACUUAUAUGCAACAAAUAUAAUUUUAUAUACUAAAUUUUAAAAUCUAUUAAAUUUAGAUUUCAAAUUGUAAUUACAUGUGAAAACCAAAUCUAAGGACAGACUGAGGAAGGAGGCUUCAGUUUGUUGGCCCAUCUUCUAAAUUUAUCUAACUCUCGCGAGUCCACAUAUGAUUCAACGUGAGAGAAGGAAUUUUCUCGGUUCUAGGAAGGAUGCGGGAAAAACAUUAUUGUUAUAAAUAUGAUAAUUACAACCCUACAAACAUUAUUCUUAUAAAUAUUACAAUUACAACCCGAAUCUUCUCGGUUCUAUGAAGGAUGCGGGAAAAACAUUAUUGUUAUAAAUAUUAUAAUUACAGCCCUACAAGCAUUAUUCUUAUAAAUAUUACAAUUACAACCCUACAAACGUUGUGUUUUCCUAGAUUAUUUUCUCCUUUAGGUGGCCAACGCGUUAUAAAUAGAUAAUAUGAGUGACCAAACUUGCAAUUCACCCAAUCAUUAAUGGUUAGAAUAAAGAAUUUGGUUGGGUUUUUGUAAGGACCAUGGUUCCAAUAUUGUUUGUCCUACUUUUUUUUUUUUUUUUUGCUGAUAACAAUAAUAUUUAGAAACAAUUAUCGUUUUAUUCUCAUGGCUCUUUUUAAGUUUUUUAAGAUAAUAAGAUCCAAUUCAAUAUAUUUAUAAUGUUUUUAAUUUCAGAAAACAAUGUGUGUAUUAAAUAUACAAAAUGUUCAACACAUGUUGUUAUAAACGCGCUGCUACGGAUCGGGAAAUCGCAGGAAUCGACAAAGCAAGAAUACGAAAGCGAGAAUAGAAAACACGACACACGAUUUACGUGGUUCACUAACACGAUGCGUGUUAGCUACGUCCACGGGCGAGAGAGAGCCAGUUUCACUAUAUCAAGGAGAUUACAGAGGAGUACGAGAAGUAUUUAUAGUACUUCUCCAUGUGGGUCUAAACCUAAUCCAAUCUGGCAAAGGAAACGGUUACAGACCAGGCCCAGAACCCGAACCCAAAUAACAUUGAGCCCCCGAUUACCAGUCGUAGCGGCUGAUAAUCCGAUUCAAGUCAUAUCAACACAUGUAAUUUGAAUAUCAUGUCUUCAAAAACAUUGCAGAUUGAAAAUUGAUAAAUGUACUUAGAAGAU